UUAACCUGGUUUCCUCUUCGGAGAUCAGAUAUUCAGAGACUCUAUCCAGACUCAACAAGAUACUCAAAAUGUCCAUUACACACAUUGUUCUUUUCCAAUUCAAAUCGGACGUUAGCAAUGACGUCAUCAACGAUGUAUGGCCAACAUUGCACACUCCAAAUGCACACUAUACUCUAUAGCACUGUUCGCAGCUAACGAUGACUCUACUAGACAAUCAACCGUAUGGUUAGCUUAAAAGACAACUGCAUUCAUCCCACGUCGCAAAAACCGUACAUCAGAUCCUUAUCGGGCGGUCUGGACAAUUCACCGGAGGGCAUACAGCAUGGCAUUACACAUGCUUUUGUGGCCGAGUUCGCCAGUGCCGAGGAUCGGGAUUACUAUGUUCAUAAAGAUCCUGCCCAUCUGGCUUUCGUUAAGAGUGUAGGCGAAGUUCUUGAGAAGGCUCAAGUUAUUGACUUUGCUCCUGGGGUUUUUUGAGA